AUGCCGAAUUAAAUCCAUAGUUUCAUAAAAAAAUUCCACAUGGUUCCCAAUGUAACUAACUCGAUUAACUUCCUCUUUCUAUGCCUUCAGUUCAGUCCCUCCUCCUCCCUUCACACUCCCACUUGCUACUCAGUCCUCUGUCUCUCCAAUGGCUUCUCUCGAAAUAGAAGACGACGCCAACGCUGCCGCCGCCAAGACGCCAAAGCCACCAAUCUCCCACCAAGACAACGACGACGACGAAUCCCCAAUUGAGGAGGUCCGGCUCACCGUCUCCAACCAUGACGACCCCACACUCCCCGUAUGGACCUUCCGCAUGUGGUUUCUGGGCAUCAUAUCCUGCGUCCUCCUCUCCUUCCUCAACACUUUCUUCGCCUACCGCACAGAGCCUCUCACCAUUUCUAUGAUCUCCGUACAGGUCGCCACCCUCCCAAUCGGGCGGUUCAUGGCCAGAACGCUUCCCACAGCCAAGUUUCGAAUUCCUGGAUUCGGAAACAAGUAGUUGUCGCUUAAUCCGGGGCCGUUUAAUAUAAAAGAGCAUGUGCUGAUUUCGAUAUUUGCUAAUGUGGGAUCGAAUGCAGGAGGAGGCGCUGCUUAUGCAAUUAGUAUCAUUGACAUUAUCGUGGCUUUCUAUCGUAGGAAGAUUUCCUUCUUGGCUAGUUGGAUUCUCGUCAUCACCACCCAGGUAUUGGGAUAUGGAUGGGCUGGGAUUAUGAGGAAAUUCGUGGUGGAUCCUGCCCAUAUGUGGUGGCCGAUUAGUCUUGUUCAGGUUUCCCUUUUUAGGGCUCUGCACGAAAAAGACAGCAAUCGAAUGUCGCGAGGUAAAUUCUUCUUGAUUGCGCUGAUCUGCAGCUUCUCCUGGUACUCGUUUCCUGGAUACCUUUUCCCAACUUUGUCAACCAUUUCAUGGGUCUGUUGGGUAUUCCCCAAGUCAGUAACAGCCCAGCAGAUUGGCUCAGGCAUGAAGGGUCUCGGUCUUGGAGCUUUUGCAAUUGACUGGUCUGUCAUAGCUUCAUACCUAGGCAGCCCCCUUAUCACUCCAUUCUUUGCCAUUGUCAAUAUCAUUGUGGGCUAUAUUGCAAUGAUAUAUGUGAUAAUGCCAAUAGCUUAUUGGGGCUUUAAUACAUACGACGCAAAGAAGUUCCCAAUUGUCUCCUCACAUUUAUUCAAUCACCAAGGAGAGUUAUAUAAUGUAUCUGCCAUUGUCAACAAUAAGUUUGAGAUAGACCUUCCAACAUAUCAGAAGCAAGGGCAUCUGUACCUGAGUUCCUUCUUUGCAAUUACAUAUGGGAUUGGUUUUGCUGCAAUUGUUUCCACCCUGAUGCAUGUAGCUUUGUUUAAUGGAAAGGAGAUACUUCAACAGUUCCGAGCUUCAUAUGAAGGAAAGGAAGAUAUACACACAAGAUUAAUGAAAAAAUAUAAAGGCAUACCUAAUUGGUGGUUUUACCUGAUGCUUGUGUUUUCAUUAGCACUGUCUCUAUAUUUAUGCAUUUUCAUGAAAGAUCAGAUACAAAUGCCAUGGUGGGGACUCAUUUUUGCAGUAGUAAUUGCUUUGACUUUCACGCUUCCAAUUAGCAUUAUAACUGCCACAACGAAUCAGUCACCAGGACUAAACAUCAUCACAGAGUACCUCAUGGGUGUUAUAUUACCUGGCAGACCGAUAGCCAACGUUUGCUUCAAAACCUAUGGCUAUAUAAGCAUGAGUCAGGCAGUUUCCUUUCUCGCUGAUUUUAAGCUAGGGCACUACAUGAAGAUUCCACCAAGAUCAAUGUUUUUAGUGCAGUCCAUAGGCACUGUAAUAUCAGGAACAGUGAACACUGCGGUGGCAUGGUGGCUGCUGACCACGGUUGAAAACAUAUGUCAGGAUAAUCUACUCCCUCCAAACAGUCCCUGGACAUGUCCCGGAGACCGUGUUUUCUAUGAUGCAUCUGUCAUCUGGGGUUUGGUUGGACCUAAGCGAAUCUUUGGCAGUCUUGGAAACUACUCGGUACUCAAUUGGUUUUUCCUUGGAGGUGCAACAGGACCUGUCAUCGUAUGGCUUUUGCACAAAGCUUUUCCCAAGCAGAAAUGGAUUGCCCUGAUUAAUCUUCCGGUACUCUUGGGAGCAACAGCUAUAAUGCCACCAGCUACAACUGUGAACUUCAAUUGCUGGAUUGUGAUUGGAAUAAUUUUCAACUACUUCAUCUUUAAGUACCACAAGAAGUGGUGGCAGAGGUAUAAUUAUAUCCUUUCAGCAGCUUUGGAUGCAGGUUUGGCUUUCAUGGGGGUUCUUCUAUACUUCACUUUGACGAUGGAGGACAUAUCCGUAUCCUGGUGGGGUAGUGAGGGUGAGAAUUGUCCCCUGGCUUCAUGCCCAACUGCCAAAGGUAUUGUUGUUGAUGGAUGUCCCGUUUAUUAGUUUCAAUUCAGUCGUUAAAACAAAGCUACUUUCUAGUUUAUUGGAGUUUUUUUUAACAAAUUAUCAAUCAUUUCUUUCCUCUA